AUGAGUGGCGUGAGUGCGCGUGCGUGUUGUGGUGCUAUACAUAGACUAUAUCUCAUCCAUGUUGUUGUUGUCUCACUGACACCAUCGCCUCCACUGCCCUCCACUGCCUCCACACUCACACCACGACCAUCGCCACAAUGGGUGUUCAGUGGAUCCGCGACCAGUGAUCGAGUGACGAGUGAGGACAGCCUGAAGGUGUGUGUAUUGAUCCCAAUUGAUCCCAAGUGA